AUGAAAACUAUUUAUAUUGUAGAUGAUGCUAUGAAGAAGGGAAAAAAACUGAGCACUAUGAUCUCCAAUGAAAAUAGAUACUCUGAACACUUGACAAAGAAUAAAAGUUUUUUUAGAGUGAGGUUUCUAGAAAGAAGAUUGCAUCAUCGAGAAAAAGAAGAAAUAGGUGCUUGGAAAAUUAACAGACCAGGAGAAAGAAUUUUGGAUGUUGACCUGCCUUUGUCGUAUGGAAUAUUUGAUGUUAAUAUUGACCCAGCUGAAAUCAAUGCCUGUGACUUUGUAUGGGAUCCAGCUAGAGAAGUUUCUGUCUUUAUCAAAGUGAAUUGUAUUAGUACAGAGUUUACAUCUCGAAGACGAGGUGGGGAAAAAGGAGUCAUACUUCGCUUAACUGUCGAUACAUGGACUCAUGGUGAAUAUAAAUGUGAACAACUUGAUGUUACAUCCUGCCAGCUCAAAGUUUUCAAGUCCAAAGGAGCAGAUAGAAAACAUCGAACAGACAGAGAAAGAAUGGAUAAGCGACCACCAGAAGAUUUGAAAAAAUACCAGCCUUCUUAUCAGUGCACAGUACUUACCGAGUGUCCAUCAGAUUUCCUACUUGGUCUUCCUGCUUCUCCUCUUACACAAGUUGAGUGUCCAUCAAGCACCUCUUUGGAACUAUCUCCAAGUAAAUAUUCACCAGGCCAGCUUUCGAAAAGCUCCUCUUCCUACUCGUUAUCUUCUUUCCAAGAAGUACCAGAAAGCCAACCUAAGGAAACCAAACCACUAGCAUCAUACACAGAUCUGUCAUACUAUGCUUCAGCUGAAGAAACGCUCAGUGGUUGAAAACUAAUAGAUUUGAAAAGUACCAGUGCACAUUCAGUAACUUCACUGCAUCAGACAUAGUGCAGCUUAAUCGAGAUGAUCUUAUCCAAAUCUGUGGAGUAGCUGACGGAAUUCGCUUGUACAAUACACUUCAUUCCAGAACUAUUCCUCCAAAAUUAACGAUCUAUGUUGCAAGCUCAGGUGACCAAGCUUUUCAUGCUGUUUACUUGGAGACUUUCUCAGUACAAGACUUAUUGCAGAAACUGAAAGACGUUUUCAGGCUUCAGAAGGAGACUGUGAACGGAAUCUAUAUGAUGGGUCCUUCAGGAAUUCAUUUUCAUAUCACAGAUAUGGUGAUCCAGAACAUGUCCAAUGACUCCAUAUACUAUUGUGAUACCAACAAAGAUCAUUCAUCUACAGGUUACAGCAUAUACCUUAAACCUCAGCAAUAAGUGCCCUGCAUUAUCUGUACAUGAUACUAUCAUCAUCAAAGUCAUUAUUUGUUUAAUGUGUAAAGGAAAGGUCUCAACUUUUAAUCUACUUGCAAAGAAGAAUUUUUUGUUGUUGUUUUUAUUAUGGAAAAUUGAGAAAAGAUAUAUUCUGUAUCAGAGUUAGGCCUUUCCUCAAAGAGUAUUCAUUAUCUGUGGCAAUUCCAUGACAGGUUUUAAAAGAUUUUAAUGGAACAUGAAUGUUUUCUUCAUUAAUUUUUUAUUAAGUUUUUCACUUAAGGCAAAGUUCACUAUUGGUAACUACCUAUAUUCAAACCUAGUGUGACCAUAUUGAAUUUUUCACAUGUGACUUUUAGGUAUUUUAAAUGCAUGAAUAUGAUGCAUUUUUUGAUGUCUGUGUUACAUACCAAAUGUUUAACAUGUGACUUUCAUACCUGUCACAUAUGCAUCAUCCCUUGUUACUGAACCAUGUUUCAUAUGACAUUUCAUAAAUGUCAUGUGUAAUUAACUUGCAUGUUUAACAGGUAAUCAUGAUAUCUGUCACAUAUAUCAUUGUAAUGUAUGAUUUAGAUGUGUCAUUCUGUCGUGCAGUACAACAUGAUGUCUGAAUUGUGCACAUUCCAGGUGUGAUUAACAUGGCACACUAAAGUAAGGAUAUAUAUAUACAUAACCUAAAAUGAUAAAAGAAUAAAACUUUAUUAAGAUUAAACUUUGAGGCUGAUAACAACUUUUAUUUUCUCACAGGUAGAAAAAGGAAGGGCUAUUAUCAGCCUAAAGCAUAGGCUUCAUAAAACUUUUAUUCUUACUUCAUUCUAAGACUGUCAUAUCCUGUUUUGAGUUCCAUUAUCUUCUGAUAAAAAAAUUUUGGCAUUAUUAAUUUAUUUAUUUUUUUCAACAUAGUUUUUUUUUAAGUCAAUGCAUACCCACUAUAUUUCUACAAUUGAUGUUGAGUCUCAGAUUGAAAGGUUUAAGUGAGAGAAAAUAUAGUUGUUGAACUAGUAUAGACUUAAAUGACAUACCAGCAAUUUCUCUUUGUCAUCAACACAACCAUGCAUGAAGAAGUACAAGUCAGAAUUAUUUGUUUCCAGGCAAUAUUUUCAUAUUUUGGUUUGAGUAUAUGUAAAACUUACUGCAGUAAUGUAAGUAUGUAUGUACAUUUAUAGAUUUAGAUCUUACUGUGUUGAUAUCGGGCUGGAAGAUGGUGUCUUUGUGCUUGUUCAAACACUAUGAAAUACACCUGAUUUUCCAGUGUUUAUUAUCAUUAAGUGAAUAAAUUUGCUUUUUUAGUACAAUCUGUAAUUAGGUUUUUGUUAUAAUUUUCAUUGUAAAUAGUUCUAUAAAUGGUGCUUUCAUUGAAUAAGAACUGUUGUAUUAAAAGUAAAAUGAUUGAUCUUCAAGUGCCUGUGCCUAUACAUAACACACAACUUUUAUCACUUAUUUGAAACAAUUUCUUUUUUUCUUGAGAAAGUUGUAAAGCAUUUCACUAGCAAAUAUAAUGUUUUAUUUGUUUUGAAAAUUUUCUUAAUCAUUUGUCUAAAACAGGCUUUUGACCAGUUUAGAAUGUUUUAAACUAUUUCCUUAGCUAGGAUACAUUAAUACCCUUUUUAUACUGUUUAAAAUAGAAUUUUGUUAACUGGAACUAAAACACUGGAAGUGUAACUUUCUUUCCAACUACUAACAAAUCAAAGAAUUAAAAAUAUUCUCAAUUUUUUUUUCCAACAAAAUUUUGUUGAAAAGUAAGCAUUUAUAGCAUCAUUAAUUUAUUUAUUUCAUAUAUUUUUGGUAUGAAUUCUGCAGCUUCAUCUGACACCCUUUUAAUAGUCCAUAUGUAACAAUUAAAAUAAAUUGAAAAUCUUCAUAUUGAAGCUUCCUCGAUACUACUCUUUCCUUACACAUGCUGUGACAGGCAACAUACAUCUGGAUCCGAGUUUCUUUUUUUUCAAGUCUGUUAGGAAAAUGUGAAUUACCUUAGUCAUUACCUGUAAUCUGUGAAUAACUUGUGUUUAAUAUUUAGUACAAUUACUUGUUUCUGAGAGAUAUACAUGUUCAAACUGCUGUUGGUGUUUUUGUUUCUAGGUUCUUUUAUAUUUCAGAAAAUGAUUUCCACUUGGUUAUG